AUGGCCACGCUGCUGGGUCGCAACAUUGGACCUGUGGGGUAUGGACUUAUGGGUUUGACGUGGCGACCCGAUCCACCAACCCAAGCCGAGUCUUUUGAGUUAUUGAGCACUGCCAUUGCUUCCGGAGCCAACCUUUUCAAUGGUGGUGAACUGUAUGGCACUCCAGAACGCCACACCUGCCAUCUGGUAAAGGAAUAUUUCGAAGCGCACCCAGAAAACGCCUCUAAAGUGCUGCUAAGCAUCAAGGGCGGCAUGAAGUAUGGGGUUGCAGAGCCUGAUGCCAGCGAGGAGAACCUGAGACGGUCGGUGGACGAGUGCAACCGUGUGCUCGCAGGGACCAAGAAGAUUGACAUCUUCGAAUGUGCGCGCGUCGAUCCCAAAGUCCCCAUUGAGGACCAAGUCAGGGUCCUGGGUAAAUUGGUUGAGGAAGGCAAGAUCGGAGGGAUUGGACUCAGCGAAGUCAAAGCCGACACGAUUCGACGAGCACACGCCGUUCACCCGAUUUCAGUGGUUGAGGUGGAACUUUCGCUCUGGACGACGAACAUCUUGAACAACGGCGUUGCCGACGUUUGUGCUGAGCUAGGAAUCCCCAUCAUUGCGUAUGCACCGUUGAGUCGAGGUGCUUUAACCAGCGACUUUGGGGAUAAGAAUGAAGAUCUGCCAGUUCACCGAAGGAAUUUCCCAAAGUUCCAAAACGACGUGCUGCAAGCAAACCGACGGCUGACGGAGGAGGUGAACAAGAUCGGGCUCAAAAAGGGCGUCAAAUCUUCCCAAGUCGCACUUGCUUGGAUCAGAGGACUGAGUGCACGGCGGCCGGCGUCGAGUCCGAUCAUCCCUAUACCAGGCGCAGAAAAGCCAGAGUGGAUCCGGGAAAAUUGCGAGCACGUCGAGCUGACCGACGAGGAAAUGAACGAAAUCGACCGGAUUCUCAAGGCCAAUAAGACUGUAGGGGAAAGGUAUGGGGGUGCAUUUGCUAAGCUUGCUGAAGGCUAG